AUGCGUGUUCAGUUGCAGAAUGAUCAAUCUGCAGAUCGGUUUUCGAAGCAAUUGUUGGAAAUCAGAAAUGGCAAAGUUCAAAUCGAUAACACAAACGAUUUAAUUAGUUUGCCAAACAAUUUUUGUACAAUUCUCCAAUCAAAAGAAGAAUUGAUUGAACGAGUGUUUCCAAAUAUUAUCCAGAAUCACAGGAAUCACAAUUGGUUGAGUGAAUGCGCAAUUCUGGCACCAAAAAAUGUGCAAGUCAAUGCUAUCAAUUAUCUCAUCCAAGAAAAAUUGCCUGGUGCAGUUAUAUCAUACAAAUCUAUUGAUAGCGCAUUGAAUGAAGAUGAUGCAGUCAACUAUCCAGUUGAAUUUUUGAAUUCGUUAGAACCACCCGGUAUACCGCCGCAUUUCUUGAAUUUGAAGGUCGGCUCAUCAAUUAUUUUACUACGGAAUUUGACUGCACCAUAA